GUCGUUCUUUGGUUCUAAUGUAGGUCUGAAGUAGUUCGCCUUCGCUGCGAUUUUCUUCAGCUCCUCUUGGAUAAUUAACAUCUACUGUGGUGGUGUCAGUGUGAUCAAAGUCCUCGUUACUUUUGUGACUUUAAGUGAAUCCGUAAACUAAUAGUAUGGCCUCGUACGGUGCGUGGAUGGCUGCUCAGUCAGCUAGUGCAGUAGCCACCAAUCUGACUGUGGUGGACAGAGUUCCGGCCGAUAUGCUGCACAUGGUGGACGCCCAUUGGUACCAGUUCCCGCCGAUGAACCCACUGUGGCACUCGUUGCUGGGCUUUGCCAUCGCCAUCCUCUGCUUCAUCUCGCUGGUCGGCAACGGAAUGGUCAUGUACAUCUUCACCAACACCAGGACACUCCGAACCCCAUCCAACCUGCUAGUGGUCAAUCUAGCCUUCUCGGACUUCCUGAUGAUGUUUACCAUGGGACCGCCGAUGGUGAUCAACUGCUACUACGAGACCUGGGUCUUCGGCCCACUGGCUUGCGAGAUCUACGGCAUGUUUGGAUCACUGUUCGGCUGUGUCUCGAUCUGGACCAUGACUAUGAUUGCGUUCGACCGUUACAAUGUCAUCGUGAAUGGUCUUUCCGGUAAGCCUCUGACUAACAACGGUGCUUUGGCUCGUAUCGCUGGAGUGUGGGUUGCUACCUUGGCGUGGACCUUGGCUCCAUUCUUCGGUUGGAACCGUUACGUGCCGGAAGGAAACAUGAGCGCCUGUGGAACUGACUAUCUGACCGACACCUUCAGCAGCCGCUCGUACAUCCUAGUGUACUCGAUCUUCGUGUACUUCUCGCCAUUGUUCCUGAUCAUUUACUCGUACACCUUCAUCAUCAAAGCCGUGUCUGCCCACGAAAAGAACAUGCGUGAACAGGCCAAGAAGAUGAACGUUGCCUCGCUGCGAUCGUCCGAGGCCCAGAAUACCAGCACCGAAAUGAAGCUGGCCAAGGUCGCCCUGGUCACCAUCUCGCUGUGGUUCUUGGCAUGGACUCCGUAUCUGAUAAUCAACUACACCGGAAUCUUCAAGGCCUCGCCAAUCAGCCCUCUGGCCACCAUCUGGGGAUCGCUGUUCGCCAAGGCCAACGCCGUGUACAACCCGAUCGUGUACGGAAUCAGCCAUCCGAAGUACCGAGCUGCCUUGUACCAGAAGUUCCCAUCGCUGUCCUGUACGGAUCCUGCCGACGAUACGCAGUCGGUCGCCUCUGGAACCACGACGGUUGUGUCGACUGAAAAGACGGAAUCUGCUUAAACGACAUGGUGAUGUUUAAACGGUUUAUGAUUACUAUUUAUAGAGUUUUCAAUAUAUUUAGUGAGCAAUUUUUAAAAA